CUUUUUUGCUUUUUCGUCUCUCGGAUCGUUCGGACGUGCUGCGCGGUAUCGUCUGUGUGAGUGAGUGAGUGUGCGUGAGUGGAGCGGCGAAACAGCACAAUUGAAAUUGAAUCGAGUUGCGGCAGUUUUAUCUCCGGAUUUCAGGGGGAUAUAAUAAAAUAUCUUGAUCUAUUUACAAACAAAUCGAAGUGGAAUGCAAUGCCGCACACAAGUGCUUAGAGCGGCGUGUCUGUGUGCGUAUGUCACUCUCUCUUCGAAAUAGUAAACAAAUUACGAAUAAAGUUUACUGCAAGGCAAACAAAACAAAUAUUUAAUAAAUACAAAAUACAAAGUAUUCUUUAGUGCGUCUUUUUCGGGAAAACCGCCAUAAAAGCAGCUACGCCGACGUCAACAGAACGCGUGCUGCAAGUGUGUUAGUGAGGCGUAUACAAAUAUAUAUAUACCAACAAAUAAGUGCAUAUAAAGUGUACAUAAGCAGUAAAUUUAAUUAAGUGAAAUCCAUAUAGUUUUGUGCAUGCAAAGUCGGAAAAAUCAAAAGGAGUUCCGCAGCAGCAGGGCAGCGGCAGAGGCGCCACCGACUAACGGAUUUUCACACGCGGUUGACCAACAUACAGAAUCACGACGACGCGACGAGCGAAAAUGGCCAAAAUGGAGGUCGACGAUGUGGUCGACUUGAGUUUGGGGUCCGGUCGUGAUCCGGCGUUGACCAUAACGCCGGCUCCGUCUCCGUCUCCGGCGGGUCUGAGCAAUCGGGAUCUGCGAGCUCUGACGGCGAACAACGCGGGCCUGACCAUCACUCCAUCUCCAGCGCCGACGACCAACAACGGCCCAUCCGCCAAUAGCAGUAGUAGCAUCAACUCCAACAGCAGCACCACCAACAACAGCAGCAGUAACACCAAUAGCUCCAGCGCAAACAGCGGCAGCAGCAAUAGCGUCAAUGCCAGUGAAGGAGUCGCUGGGGCGCCAGGAGGCGGAUCAACCAUCGGCGGCGGUCAGGAUGAGAACAAGGUUCAACGGAGGGUCCUGCGACCGCGAACCGAACCCAAAUCCUAUGCCGAAGCACCGGACAUUGUGUUAUUACCCGCUCGCACCAAUGGACGCCAGCAGAACGGGAACAUAGACUCGGAGACGGAUGACGAGGAGAUGCCACUGUAUGUGCCCAUCAAGGAGCUGAGUCAUGCGGAGCUCAAGGAGCGCGAGAAGAGUCUGCGGAAACUGCGACAGGAUCUGCGCAACGAGGAGACCAAACUGAUGCUGCUCAAGAAACUGAAGCAGUCGCAGCAGGUGAUGAAGGAGAAUCUGGUGGUGACACCGACCAGCGUUUCGCCCAACAAUCCGCUGGCCGCCAUUCCCGCCGCCCUCACCUCGAAGGGAUCGCUGAGCGUGACGCCCACGUCGGCGGUGCCGCUGCCCGCCCACAGCAAGGGCAGCAGGAGCAGCUUAAGCGGCAGCGGCGGACCGGCAGUGAGCAUUAGCGCCACAAACAGUCGAACGGGUAGCUCGAGUUCAGCGGCGGCAGCCGCUUCUGCAAUUGCCGCUGCAGCGGCUGCUUUAAGCGGUCAACAUCGCAACAGCAGCAGCAGCAACUCGAUUUUGCCGCCGCCGAGGUCAUCACUGCCAGCGGGAGCCACAUUGGCCGCCGGCACCACCAUCACGCCCGCCACCUCCUCGUCGCAUCGGUCCAGCAAUUUGCCGCCGCGCACCAACCUGCCGAAUCUCACCAUCACGCCCUCGGUGACCAUCACGCCCACAUCGGCGCCGCCCUCCAGUCUGAAACCACGCAAUCCUAAUAUUUCGGAUAAUUCGAAGGUACCUGGGACCAUAAGCAAUUCUGUUUCCAUCACGCCGGCGCUACCACUCUCCCAAUCGCAUCAGAAUCAGCACAACGAUCAGAAGAAUGAUCGCUCGACGCCAAGGGAAGAUGCCCAGACACCUGCUCAAAGACAGGCGGCUGCUAAAAUGGCCCUCCGCAAGCAGUUGGAAAAGACGUUGCUUCAGAUUCCCCCACCAAAGCCACCACCGCCAGAGAUGCACUUUAUACCCAAUCCCAGCAACACGGACUUCGUAUAUCUCCUCGGAUUGGAAACCGUUGUGGACUAUCUGACCGUCAACAAGAAGGCCAAUGCAGUUGCCGCUCCCUUCCGUUGUGCCCAGUGCAAGAUUGACUUUACGCCCGUGUGGAAGUGGGAGAAGCAGACCAACAAAGAUCCCAAGGUGAUUUGCGAGCAGUGCGUCACGUCGAAUGUGAAGAAGGCGCUGAAGGCGGAGCACACCAACCGACUGAAACAGGCGUUCGUGAAGGCGCUGCAGCAGGAGCAGGAGAUCGAGCAGCGUCUGGCCAGCCAGAGCAGUCCCUCGCCGGUGGACAACCAUGGAUCGAGUGGCGGUGGCAAUUCGCUGUCCGUGUCCGCGGUGACCAGCAACUCCUCAUCUGCGCACCUGCAACGGGAACGGGAGCAGUUGCAGGCGACGCACGCCUCGGCGGCUGCUGCUUUGGUCAAUUUGCCGCCGUCGGUGACGGUGAUACCCACCAAAUGCCAGACGCCAACGCCAGCGACACCGCGUCCAACGCCGCCGCCGCCGCAGAGUCAGGCCACACCGCCGCCUUCAUCGUCGAGUGGGUCACGAUCCUCGCGAGCGGCGGCCACGGCAGCAGCGGCCGCCAUUGCCGCCCAGCAGGCGGGCAUCCUCAGUCCCGGACCGUCGGCGGCGCAUCACCACGAGGCGGCCAGCUCGUCGCGAUCAUCCCGCAACGAUCGGCUCGACCACCAUCACCAGUCGCAGCAGCAGCAGCAGCGGGAUCAGCGGGAGCGGGAACAGCAGCGGGAUCAGCAGACGCAGCAGCAACAGCAGCAGCAGCAGCAGGCCCAGAGCUACGACAAAUACUCGGCGGCCACGCUGGCGGCGGCUGCUCAUCUGAGUGCCCUUGGCGGCAUGGGCGGGCUGAACAUCAACAGCCUGGCCAGUCUGGGCAACCUCGGCAACCUGGGCAACCUCAGCCAGCUGGGCAAUCUGGCUGCCUUGGGCGGACUGGGCAACUUUGGCGGCGCCUCGACGGGCACCAAUAAUCCGGCGGCGGGACUGGGCAACUCCUCGCCAGCUGCCACGGCGGCCGCCAUGCAGGCUUUCCAGCAGCAGCUCUUUAGAGCUCUGGGUCAAGGUCUUGGAGGCAAUCCGCAGCACAUGAUGCAGUUUGCUCCGCUUCUGUACUCUUACCAGAUGGCAAUGGCGCAGGCGGCACAAGUGGCAGCCUUCAACAAUAACAACAAGAAGAGCAGUUCGUCCUCGGGAUCGUCGAAGAACUCGAGCAGUGCCAGCAGCAUGGCGGAUGUGCAGCGGGCGGCGGAGCUGCAGCGCCAGUAUUUGCUGGAGAUGAUUCCGCCGCAGCAGCAGAGCGGAGCCAGCGGCAGUCGCCAGAACAACUGGAAGGCCUAAAAGGCCGCCACUAACCGUAGAUUACAAUUAACAAGAGCAACGUUAAGAACAGAUGAUGAUGCAGCAGCAGUAGCAGCAGUAACAACUAUUUUUAUGGUUUAAUUGAUUAGGUAAUUUUAUGAGUUAAACAAAACGGAUGAAACAAAAACAAUUGCUAAGGAAACAACAUCAAAUAUACACGUAAUUAUUAAUUAUGCUACUUGUAAACAAUAAUUAAACAUAAUUAUACAAAACGAAAGAAGAAGAAGCAAAACCAAGCCGAUCUAAACAUAAUUGUUAGUAGUUUCCUUUUUUGUUACCACUGCAUUGAAUAUUUUAAUUAAUUUGCCAGCCAGAAUAUAGCAGCCGAUAAAUGAAUGCGAAAACUUUUACGCUCCUAGUAAUUGAAUAUUAAAUAUGAAUAAUAUUGAAUCCUAGCCAGUAAGAAGAUUGCCCCGUUUUUCUAGGGGCACACACACACACACACACCAUUCACAUACCACCCCCCAACCCGCCCUCGCCACACCUUUUUGUAAUUGUUAACCUUUUUUGGGAGCACCAGAUGGGAUUGCUAAACCUUAUCGAUAAGAAGGGCGCUCCCGUUUCGGUCUUAUUCAACAAUUUUGUCGUACAAUUCGUUUAGUUUCUAGUAUCGUGAAUAAAUCUAUAAAUAUAAAUAUUAUAUUUUUUAAUCAAUUUUAAGCAUAUGCAUAGUAUUAGUUGUAAACAAAUUUUUAGGGUAUAAUAAAUUACGGAAAACAAUUACACAAAUUCUUGCAUUGCCAGCCACAAAACAAAAAAAAAAAAAACACAUAAUCCAACACAUCAUAAUCAUCAUCAUUUCCGAUAUCAAAUCCUCCACAUGCCUUAUCCAUGUUACAGCUCCGAUACGAAGUUAGUACUGUUAUUUAGUUGAGACCGCCAGGGAUCCAGCAACCAUAUAAUAAUACCACGAUCGUCUCCCCUAGAACUGUUUGAUUUUCUUUCGAUUCAAAUGCAAAUAUACAUCGAAAACUUAAAGCUAAAAACCGUAUAAUAAUUUGUACAUAUAUGACAUUUGAGGUAUUCAUCUUCGGUAAACCGAAAUUUAUAUACUCUUCCCAUUAGAAAAGAACAGAUCUUCAGGUUUUUGAUCCUCCAUUGAAAGCGAGCUCUUCCCAAAAGAAAAAUGGGGGAGGAUGAGCUAAGCAGACAUGAAUAUAAUAAUAAUAUUGACUGAAUACUAGCAUAUACACAGAGUAGGAAUCUAGGCAGAAGCAGAGGCUUGCAUAAACCCUUAAACAUACGAGGUAAAACAUAUAUAUUUUUGAUUUAUCGGACGGUAGUAGUUGAAGGUUUACAUUCAGGCGAAUCAUUCGGAACACAAACCAAAUUCACUUUGGGCAUGCGAAAUCAAAAUGUGAUCAAAAUAUGAAAUUACAAAAAACGUAAAAAAUCGAGAGUAAAAAGAAAACAAUUAAAUGGAAACGAGCAGAUGAGAAGUUCAUAAUUAUUAUAAGCUAAAUUAAAGAAAACUUAAAAUGCAUUGUAAUUCAGUCGGCAUCAGUUUCAGUGUGUAUGUGUGUUUGAAAUUCUAUGCUAAAUGUAAAACAGUAUAAGAAUAUAACAGUUUUUAAACCAAAAA